UCCCCGUUAACGCCCAUCUAAUCUGCUGUGCCCAGGUGUUUUUUGACAACUUGAUCAGACUCAUUAUUUACUUCGUUUUAAUCGCAUUACAAGUUGAAAACGACAACAAGGAAAGCGAAAAGCCAUCGGAUGCGAAAGUGCGGCUUACUGUUUGGCCCUUAAAUUUUUUAGAAUGCUCCGCAGAUUAGCCCACUCAAACUUUUGAGACACUUUGCGCUUUCAUUGUCUUAGGGGCAAAGAUGAGCGUAAAAGCGUUCGAAUGUUUGCCUGUCUUAGAAACUUCUCAAUUGCUGGCAGACCUCAGGCCGCAAACCAAAGUGCAGAUCGAAAGUAUUGAAUCUAGCGGCAGCGAGUUAUAUCUGGGAACUUACGACGGGUUGAUGCUCGUGUAUAACAUCGAGCAAAAGCACAACCCUGACGGCAGGACCAGUUGCUCUGCCAGGAAAGAACGAGAGAGAUAUCUGAGCACAAGAAAACCAAUAAAAUGCAUGAAGGCAGCUUCAGCAAGCGAACGUCUUCUAGUCAUGAGCAACAAUUGCAUAUAUCUGGUGUCUAUGUCUUCACUUGAGCCAAUCGGCACACCACUUUCAGGCGUGUCCACUAUUUGUGCUAAUGAAAAUCCAACAGAAAUAGAUGACCCCUUCUCCAUUCAGAUAUGUGUAGCAACUAAAAAGAAAAUUGAAGUUUAUACUGUCAAUGAGUCAAAAUUCGCCCUUGUCACAGAUGUUGCCACUUCAGAACCUGUUUGUAGUUUGGGCUUUGAUGGCUAUUUUAUUUGCGUUGCCCUCAUGACAAAAUACAAGAUCUUCAACUACAAGACCAAAAUAGUGCAAGAGUUGUUUGAAAUUCCUACUGUCAAUUUUGUGCCAAUCGUUAGAAGGAUCCAACAGGGUGAGUUCCUCCUGACCGCAUCUGAAGGGCUUGGCAUGUUUGUCACGACAGAAGGCUCUUCAAAUCGGGCGCCUAUUCAAUGGAUGGUUCAUUCCAAUCACGAGUCCGCGCCAUCUGGUGUAAUUUCCACAGCAUUUUUCCAUCCCUAUGUCCUAGCUCUGUGCGGAAAUUUCAUCGUAGUUCAUAGCAUUUUAGAUCAACAGCAAAAACAGUCUGAACACUUUGUUGGAGGCAUAGCCCUCGGAAAUUUUGACGGCAGACUUUAUGCUUGUUCCUCUAACGCGGUUUUCUGUCUUUAUCCAGUUGCAUUUGAGAAGCAAGUCCAGGCACUACUGGCGGACAAAAAGGUAGAUGAAGCGCUAGAUCUGGUGCAUAACACAAACUAUUCUGGCUACACGUCUGAACAAUUUGGAAAAUUGAGCCAAAGGUUUAAACAACAAGCAGCUUUCGCCUACUUCGCAACCAAGGAGUUUCAGCGUGCCCAGGAAAUGUUCAUCGAAAGUGCCGUCGACGUCAGAGAAGUCAUUUCUCUUUUCCCGAAUCUGAUGCCGGAGGCGUCCACCUUCGUCAGAUCAAUUCCUCCCCUUCACGAAAUCGCUGAUGUCGACCAGCUUUACCAAAAGGAUGAAGAUGCCAAACAACAGGCCAGGCUGUGCAUGCGCCAGCUUCUGGAGCAACUCAGAGAUCCUACUGCCUCGCACAUCAAUCACCAAUUUGAGCUGGACACCGCCCUUGUGAAAUUGUAUGCUGAAUCAAAUAAGGACAGCCUGGCAGCUUUCAUCCUCGCUGGUGAUGUGCAAUGCGAUAUCAAAGACUGCCUGCAGUGGCUGGAAAGACUUGAAUGCUUUAAUGCUGUCGCUCUCUUGCACAAACAGUCGAAAAACAGUGAACUGGCGCUGGAAUUUUGGGCUAGGCUGGCCAGAGAAGAAUUACACGACGACAGUUUUCAGGGCCUUCAAUUUUUUGCCGAGUGUUUAGCGAGUACCAAAGAUCUUGAUCUCAUUUGGAAACACGCAGCUUUUGUUUUGCAAAUGGAUGAGGAAGCUGGUGCCAAGAUCUUCACUUGCCGGAUUAAAGACCAAAGCUACAUUCCUCUAGACGUAGAUGAGGUGGUGGAACUGCUACAGAAAUUCCCCAAGGCACUAGUCCAAUAUUUAGAAUACCUUGUGCUCGAAGAGAAGAAUCAGGAUGAAAAAUUUCACUCUCGCUUGGCUGUCAUAUACCUGGAGUCUCUGUUGCAAAUGCAAAAGAACGGUUCGUCUCUUGAAGAAAUUUAUCGCUACCGCAAAAAGUUCCAGCGUUUCCUGCAGGAGUCCAACUUAUACAGGGUGCAGACGGUGCUGUCCAAAAUCAAAGGGAUGGGUCUGGACCAAGAAACCGCCACUUUAUACGGCAAGCUUGGUGACCACGACAAGGCGCUGACCAUCCUAGUACACAGACUGAAAGACUACUCGGCGGCGGAGGAAUACUGUGAGGCAAACACAAGGGGGAAGAGUAAAAGCAGCUCGGCAGAUCUUUUCCACAGUUUGCUCAACUGCUAUCUUGAUCCCAGUCUAGACCAAGAGAGAAAGGAGGAGUUGGUACAGCCUGCGCUCGAUUUGAUUAACAGGAAAGCGAAAAUGUUCAAUGUUCCCAAGGUUUUGGAGCUUCUGCCCAAAGAUUUGACUGUCAGUGAAGUUGAAUCAUUCUUGUGUGGUGCGUUGAGGUCAUCGAUGCACCAGUUUCGAAUGAAAAAAGUUGAGUCAUCACUGGCCAAGGGAGAGACAAUUCAAAAGAGGCAUUCUCUUUUCAAGCUCCAGAAGGAGACAAUAUUUUUGCAGGAUUGCAAUUACUGCUAUGUGUGCAAAAAACCAUUCCAAGACGGGUCAUUCGCUCGAUAUCCUAAUAAUGUGAUCACGCAUGUCACCUGUGCCAAGCAAAAUGACGUGUGCCCAGUCACCGGAAGAAUUUUCAGGUCGUCUGAAAUGUCUUCGUCAACUAGCUGAUUAUUAAAUAUGAUUAAUAAUUUACUGGCAGCCUUCACCCAAGAACGUAAAUAAGUCAUACUUGUUUUGACACCAGCUAAAUAAAAUAUAUAUAUUAAAGUCUGCUGCAAAAUUAA